GGGGCGGGGUCACGUGGGGAGGUGAGAGGUGGCUGACGGGAGCUGGCUGGGCUGAGGGCCGCCGGGCCGGCGCCCGCCGCGAGCCAUGGGGCUGCCGGCCGCGUAGGGGCCAUGCCGCCGGGGCCCCACGCCUGCCCCGCUCCGCGCCGGGAUGGUGAACCUGGCGGCUAUGGUGUGGCGCCGGCUUUUGCGGAAGAGGUGGGUGCUCGCCCUGGUCUUCGGGCUCUCGCUGGUCUACUUCCUCACCAGCACCUUCAAGCAGGAGGAGAGGGCAGUGAGAGAUCGGAAUCUCCUCCAGGUCCAAGACCACGAUCAACCCAUCCCGUGGAAAGUACAGUUUAAUUUGGGCAAUAGUAGUCGGCCUAGCAACCAGUGCCGGAACUCCAUUCAGGGGAAACACCUCAUCACAGACGAACUGGGUUACGUCUGUGAGAGGAGAGACCUGCUGGUGAAUGGCUGCUGCAACGUCAACGCCCCUGGCACGAAGCAGCACUGCUGUGACGGCUGCCUGCCCAAUGGCUGCUGUAGCGCCUACGAGUACUGUGUCUCCUGCUGCCUCCAGCCCAGCAAGCAACUCCUCCUGGAGCGCUUCCUCAACCGGGCAGCUGUGGCAUUCCAGAACCUCUUCAUGGCAGUCGAAGAUCACUUUGAAUUGUGUUUGGCUAAAUGCAGGACCUCAUCCCAGGUUAUAGAUGCCAGUUGCAGAGCCCCGGAAGGCGCACACAGGCCCAGCCUAGGGCUCAGCAAGCUUUGUGCUGUGGGCAUGACUACCGUCCCAGAUACAGGGGAGGAACCCGAGACUGAAGAGGGAGAAGCUGCCGCCCAGGCCCUCCGCUCACACGCGGGGGCUGCGCUGAGGCUCGUCGUGUGCCCGGGGGCGGCGUGCCUGUGAGGAGCUCUCACUCCUGUCAGGAGAGAAACACGAGGUGCAGGCUUUGACCCUAAGACUCUCCCGGCUGUUCUCUCCCGAUGAGCGGCACUCCAAACGGAGAGAAAGGAGACCAACGUCCAUGGAGCAUCUUCUGUGGCACGUGCACCUCACGUUUUCCAGACCACCUGGUGAAGUAUCUGCAGUUGGGCCCGGAAGGAAUUGAGGCUCCUCGGGUUGACGUGAUUGACCAAAGCUGGCCCAGCUGGUGUGCGCGGAGUGGAGACCUGGCCUUGGCCGGUCAUACCGCAUGACUUGCUUUUUCCACCAGCCCUCCCAGAGGACGGGCGGUGGGGAGACAGCUUACCACAAGUCUUCAGGUCACAUAAGAACCACAGGAGCAGUUCUCCUGCGGCUUGGUACGUGACCUUAAGCACAAACCCUUGGGACAGGAACCAGAAAGCCGCUCACCCACCCGUGGUAGGGCAGGGGCGCUGGGGACCGGACCCAGGGCCUGUCCGAGUGGAGGCCCUCUGCCCACGACGGGCAGCAGGUGGCGCUGUGGCCCCGGUUUAACAAGGACAGCGGGAAGGUGGAAAGGAGGGGGGAAUCCAGAAAGAAAAACUAGUGGAAAACAAGGAUUUAAAAAGAAGAACAAUUUGUUCCAAAACAUUUGCCUUGUAACGGGGUCAUCUAUAAAUUCUGGGAUUUCCUGUUUGCCGCUGGGCAGGCUGGCGGGCGGGCAGGCCACUCUCUUCUCUGCAGUCUGGAAGAAUCAUUUCAGCCCAGCUCACGAGCUCUGGCCUCCCCUGGCCCAGAUUGGCUCUGAAAUUUCCCGGCUUUUGUGCCCGUAAGCCGGAUCCUGUGACAGCAGGUCUCCUUGAGCCGUGCUCCAGUUUCCACGGGGGUGGGAGGAGGAGUGAGAUCAUGGUCAUUUUUAAAGGAGAGACUGUCUUCAUGAGCACCCUGUGUUCUCCUGCUGCCAGACUUGUUUUAAGGCAUGAAGUAAGAGAGCAGAAUAAAAUGAAAGAGACAGAGGUGCA